AGGGAAGAAGAUCCCCACAUCGGAUUUUAGGUCACGCUAGUUGUUCCAGUCUUUCUUCCUCGGCGCCCUCGCCACGCUCUAGCAAUGGCCGCCCUGCAGCAAAUUUCGCUCCACAGGGCCUCCUCGCUCAAUCCCUCGCUCGCGGCCGCCGGGGUUUCGGAUUUCGAGGAUUUCUAGAUCGAUCUCUCCUAUCCGGGAUCUGUAGGGGCAGGAUUUCGCAAAUUGGGGUAUGGCGCCGCAUAGAGGAGGGGCGAUCAGGAAGGAGCUGGAGCUGGAGGAUCUUGAGGCGCAGGCUCGGCUUGUGUUGGAUGAGGCGGCGCUGGAGAAAGAGCCGCUGCUGACGAGUUCUUCUUUCUUGGAGGACGGGAAUGAGAAUGGGAAGAGCGGCGCGCCGGCGCUGUGUCGAUUGGAGGUCGCGAUUGGAGGGAUGACUUGCACGGCUUGCUCGACGUCUGUGGAGAAGGCGGUGCUGAGGAUCGACGGCGUUUCUUCCGCGACGGUGGCGCUCUUGCAGAACAAGGCGGAUGUGAAAUUCGAUCCCAGGACGUGCAAGGAGGAUGCAAUCAAAGAGGCCAUCGAGGACGCUGGCUUUGAUGCCGAAAUUCUGUCAAGAACUUUCAUGAUCGACCUGGUUGGUAAUGGCAACGCUGCUCCGCCAAGCAAACUGACAACCACUGAAAAGUUCAAGGUUGGUGGCAUGACAUGCACAGCAUGCGUCAACUCCGUGGAAGGCGUUUUGGCGAAGCUUCCAGGUGUAAAGCGCGUUGCUGUGGCGCUGGCGACCGAGAUGGGAGAGGUGGAGUUUGAUCCCAAGGCUGUGCAGAGAAGGCAAAUCAUUGAGACGAUCGAAGAUGCAGGGUUCGAGGCAGAGCUCAUUGAGAGUGAGGAACGGGACAAGGUGAUUCUCACCAUAGGUGGGAUGUUUGAGGACGAUGGAACGCAGGUUGGGGAGCUUCUUUCCAAGCUCAAAGGCGUCAGGGAUUUCACGCUGGACGUGUUGCUGGAAAGGGCUGUAGUUAUGUAUGACCCGGAAGUGCUGAAGCUCAGAGACAUCGUUCACGGUAUCGAGAAUGCCGGGGCUGGGAGGUAUAAAGUCGUGCUCCCGAAUCCUUAUACGUCUUAUUCUCCGGAUAAAAGCAAAGAAGUAUCUUCGGCGUUACGGCUUUUUAUCGCGAGCUUGGCCUUCAGUAUUCCAGUUUUCUUCAUCACGGUGGUUUGUCCACACGUUCCGUUUGCUUAUCGGCUGUUGCUCAUUCACUGUGGACCUUUUCUCAUGGGUGACUGGAUGAAGUGGCUCCUUGUAACUCCGGUGCAGUUUAUCAUUGGCAAGAAGUUCUAUCUCGGGGCGUAUCAUUCGCUUCGUAGUGGCUCGGCCAAUAUGGACGUUCUAGUUACGCUUGGAACGACGUCUGCGUACGUCUAUUCCGUAGGUGCUAUCUUUUACGGUGCUUUUACGGGCUUUCAUGGAAGGACGUACUUCGAGACGACGACUAUGCUCUUUACCUUCGUAUUGCUUGGAAAGUAUUUGGAAGUUCUCGCCAAAGGGAAGACAUCCGAGGCGAUUGGAAAGCUGCUUGAGCUCGCACCGACUACUGCUAUGUUGGUCACUGCUGACUCAGAGAAGGAAACGGAGAUUGAUGCCCAGCUGAUACAGAAAGGAGACAGGCUCAAGGUUGUGCCCGGUUCUAAGAUUCCAGCUGACGGCUUCGUUGUGGAGGGCUCAAGUCACGUCAACGAAGGCAUGAUCACAGGAGAGGCUGCACUGGUUGACAAAUCCGUUGGCGACAAUGUCAUUGGAGGUACCAUCAACGUGAACGGGCUUCUUUACAUCGAAGCAGUGAAGGUCGGAAGAGACGCUGCGCUGGCUAAAAUUGUCAACCUUGUGGAGAAUGCACAAAUGUGCAAAGCUCCGAUUCAAAAAUUCGCAGACUACGUGUCAAGCAUAUUUGUUCCUGUUGUGGUUGUGCUAGCAUUAUCUACUUGGAUUUGCUGGUACCUGGCGGGAGUGCUUGAAUUAUAUCCAGAUUCUUGGAUGCCGGAUGGUACAAAUCAUUUUGUUUUUGCACUUAUGUUCGGGAUUGCUGUGCUGGUGAUCGCGUGUCCCUGCGCUUUGGGACUCGCCACACCAACUGCUGUCAUGGUAGCAACUGGUGUUGGAGCUUCCAACGGAAUUUUGAUCAAAGGCGGCGACGCACUAGAACGAGCACACCAGAUCCAAUGUGUCGUUUUUGAUAAGACGGGCACCUUGACUAAUGGUAGACCGUCUGUGACAACUGCAAAGGCCUUCAACGGAAUGACCUUGUCAGAGAUGUUGGCAUUUGCUGCUGCUGCUGAGGCUGGUAGCGAGCAUCCGCUUGCGAGAGCAGUUCUCGACUAUGCGUACCACCAUUUGGUAUUUGGAGGGGUUCCCUCGACGCCAAAAUCUCCGUCGAGAACCCGGGACUUCAGCUGGGUAAAGAAAUGCUCCGAUUUCAAAGCUCUACCAGGCCAAGGCGUAAGCUGCAUUGUCGAAGGACAAAUUGUGCUGGUGGGAAACACGAAGCUCGUAACCGAGCAAGGAAUCCCCAUCCCGCAGCAAGCGGCCAACUACCUGCGUGAAGUCGAAGAGCGUGCCAGGACGGGCGUGCUAGUCACCGUUGGCCACGAUCUCCGUGGAAUCCUCGCAGUGUCAGACCCGCUCAAACGAGAAGCCGCUAUCGUCGUGGAAGGCCUCAACCAAAUGGGAAUAAGAACGCUCAUGGUGACUGGAGAUAACUGGACGACUGCCCGAGCAGUGUCCAAGGAGGUCGGGAUCAAGGAGUGCAUGGGAGAAGUUCUCCCCGGCGGCAAGGCCGAGGUGGUAAAGUCGCUCCAGUCCGACGGUACCGUGGUAGCCAUGGUGGGCGACGGCAUCAACGAUUCUCCCGCGCUGGCAGCAGCGGACGUGGGAAUGGCGAUUGGUGCCGGGACCGACAUCGCCAUCGAAGCCGCCGAUUACGUGCUCAUGAGGAGCAACCUCGAGGACGUGAUCACGGCGAUCGACUUGUCGCGCAAGACCUUCGCCAGGAUCCGGCUAAACUACGUGUUUGCGAUGGGAUACAACGUGGUGGCCAUCCCCGUUGCUGCUGGUGUGCUCUAUCCUUUCUUCUCGAUAAGCCUGCCGCCCUGGAUGGCCGGUGCCGCCAUGGCCAUGUCCUCGGUUAGCGUUAUCGGCUGCUCGUUGCUACUGAGGCUCUACAGGAGGCCCAGGUUGACGGAGAUUCUCGACUUCCAACCACAACACAGAAGCAGGCAAUAAUGUGUAACUAUAUAUUUUGUACAUGAGAUGUUUUGUGAGUUUCGACAUUGAUCGCGUU